CGUGUUUGGAAUAAAGAGUUGGUUUCACUUUCAAAUUAUCAGUUAUGCAUAAAUAGCUUAUCGUUGAAUCAUUAAAUAAGUUCUUUUAGUUAUAUUUUUGGAUAAAUGUAAAAUGGCUUUGCAAGCAGCUAAGAAAGCAUUAAGAGCACAGUUAAAAGAAAUAUUGAAAAGCUUACCUACUGAAGAAAAGGCCAGGCAGUCUAAAACAGUAGUUAACAAACUUCUUCAGAGUAAAAAGUAUCAAGAAAGUCAACGAAUAAGUGUUUAUUUGAGCAGAGAUAUAGAAAUUGAUACAAGGGCUGUACUUGCUGAUAUUUUUAGAUCAGGAAAAGAAUGUUUUAUUCCAAGAUAUGAUUCUAAAAGUAUGGCAAUGGAUAUGGUGAAGCUUAAUUCUUUACAAGAUUAUGAAAAUCUGCCUGUUACAUCAUGGAAUAUCAAACAGCCAAAUUACUCUGACCCCAAUCUUCAAGAUGCCUUAUCUACAGGUGGUUUGGAUUUAAUCAUUGUACCUGGUAUUGGCUUCACUAAAGAAGGACAUCGCAUUGGAAAUGGUAAAGGAUAUUAUGAUAGUUACUUGCAAAUGUGUAAGGAAAAACUGGGCAAUCGAUUUUCAACUGUAGCCCUAGCAUUUCGAGAACAGGUUGUAUCUUCUAUUCCAAUCAGUGAGCAUGAUGUAUUAAUAGAUGAAGUUAUUUAUCCUGAUUAAGAAAUACUGAAGAAAAUCAUUUAAAAUGCUCAAUUUACAUUGUUUUGAUACACAAGAAUUUAAUAUAGCAUUUAAUUAAUAGUACAUUUGAAUUUUUUUGUAGCAUAUUUGAAAAACAUCAUAAUGCCAAAAUAUUUUUGAUAUUAUCUGUGUAAAAGUAAAGUUUGGAAUGUAUGAUGUUGUUUUCACUAUGGCCUAAGAAAUCAAAUAAUUUAUCUUUAAAAUCAUUUAAUCUGUACCUAUAAAGAAUUGUAUAACUGUGAAUGGUUUCUCAACAGAUUUAUAUUACAAUAAUUAUGAACUAUUAAAGAACCAUAUAACAGUUAUAUAGUUCCUCAAAAUUCUUAUAUGUAAAAUAUAUUAUUGUUUGAAUAAUUAGCUUUUGAAUAUAAUUCUGCUACUUUACCAAAUGAUGAUACUUUUUUUUUCAUUAUUUUUAAAAUUUUGGUUAUAAAAUUUAAUCCCUACUAGCAUAAGUUAUUUUUAUAUCUAAUACAUAUCACAGGUUUAAGUUCCUACUUUUUAUGUCCAUAUUAUUUAUUCAUGUAUGUGCAGCUUAACACUUGCGUCGGAUUGUUACACGCGAGGAUAGAACCUGGGACCUUGUGGUUCCCAGCCCAGUAACAUGAAAACAAUACAAAAGCAAUUGCUCAAGUAGCGUAGCUGUUAACUCAUCACACGCUUAAUGGACAGGGUGAAUUUUAGUCACUUAGUAGAUGGGGGGAAAGUUAGAAUCGAAAAAUAUAAAUUUAUGUAACCCUUAUGUUAAAGUGAAACUGCAGUUAUUAAAUUUUUGACAAAUAUAUCUGGCUUGGAUUGAAACUAUAUGCAGCACUACAUGAGGGUUUUCUUUUUUCAAGUAAAUUGCUUGUAAAAUAUUUUUUGAUUCUUUAGGAAAAUUUUACAUUUUUGGAAUGUUAUGCUUCAAAGAAUUCAGCACCCAAAUAUUAUAAUUUAAAACUGAAAAAUAUGGAUAAUACCAUUUCAGCCUAAGCUAUUGUUAUGUGAAUUUUUAUAUUUUUUUCUUAUAAAGAUAAAAUAUAAAAGUUUCCAUCAAUUUUAAUUAGAGGAACCUUUAAUAUUUUAAUUUGCUUUCAUUGAAAUUAUCACUGAUUAAUAAUGUUUUGAGAUUAAUUUUAUACAUGCAAAAAUAUUGAAACUGAAAAAUGUGUUGCCAUGAGCUAAUUUUUAUGUGCGUAUGAUAGUAAAUGAGAUAUUUCCUUGUCAAUACUUUCUAAUAAGCUGAUCAUCUGAAAAUGAUGAUUAAAAAAAUACAUAUUGUUUCUAAUAUUUUGUAUUGCAUUUCAUUAUAUUUUAGCUUAGUCUACUUUUUUUUAUAAAUAAAAGAAGCUAUUUUAUGAAAGUAUAUUUUAUACACAUUUAUAUGAAAUUAUAUUUUUAUAAAGAAAUAAUAUAUAUAAUAUAGAAAAUAUUUUUUUAUAAUGAAUAAGUAGAUAUAUAUAUAAUAUUCUAAUAUAUGUAAACCAGUACAUAUUUUAAUUAUUUAGACUUUGUAAAUCCCAAAAAAGAGAUGAAAAAGGGAGUAAAAAAGAGAUGAAAUUAAAUUACUCAUUGUAGCUAAGAAUAUUGCCUUGACAAAAUGUAUAGAUGAAUAACACUGAAUAAAAAAAUUCACAUCUCAGAUUGUAUUCAAUUGUUUUAAAAUUGCUUAUGCUAGUGUGCUAUUUAAAUUCUUCUCCUCCUGUCUUGCCUUUUUAAGAAAUAAUUUCUUUUGUAAAAGUAUUUAUUACAAAAAAGUAUUUUUUUAUAUCAAUAUGAAGUAAAAUAUUGAUAUUUUUAUUUUAAAAAUGCAAACAUUUUGUUUUUGAUUGCUACUGAUUCAUUUGCCUGCUACAGAUAGGAAAAAAUCCUUUUUGUUCAUUGAAAUAAUUAAAUGUAAAAAUUUUAUUUGGAGUAUAAUGAUUAUGUUAUAUUCAAGUAUAUUUACAUAUUAUUCAAGUUUCAUGUCAUUCAUUAAAGGAUAAAUAGUAUUACCAAACAUAUUUUCUUUUUAUAAAAAUUAUCUCUUUCCUAGUUGGGUUCUUUUCACCUUGCAUCUUUUCAAAUUAAUUUUUAUUUACA